AUGGCAGAGCUUUUCACUCACACAGCCAGCAGGCAGCUGUCUCAGAUGUUUCUGGCUAUUCUCUUCUUCCACACAUCAGAAUACAUUCUAGCAGUUUACACGCACGGGAGAUCAAAGGUUUCGCUGAGCUCGCUUCUCAUCAGCAGAGGCUAUCUCGUCGCCAUGGUUUUCUCGGUAUUGGAGUACGCAUUCGAGAUAUGGCUGUUCCCUGAACUGAAAGAACAUUGGUGGAUCAGCAAUUUGGGUCUUGUCAUGGUUGUGAUCGGGGAGAUAAUAAGGAAGCUCGCCAUUAUAACUGCUGGAGGAGCAUUUACUCAUCUCAUCAGAACCCGUCACGAGGAGCAGCACAAGCUGGUUACUCAUGGAGUGUAUGCCUUCGUUCGUCACCCUAGUUAUUCGGCUUUCUUGAUCUGGUCUGUUGGCACUCAGGUCAUGCUGUGCAAUCCAGUCUCGACAGUUGGAUUUGCUGCUGUUGUAUGGCGUUUCUUCUCCAAGCGGAUACCAUACGAGGAGUACUACUUGAGGAGGUUUUUCGGGUCGGAUUAUCUAGAUUAUGCUGGACGGACUCCUUCUGGGGUUCCCUUUGUGAAGUGA